AUGGACUACAGUAACAACAACGACUCAUCCAUCUCUUAUCCUGCCACCUUUAGGAGCUAUCUAGGUUAUCGACGUGUGGGCAUUCCCGAAAAAUGUAGAUGUGGAUGCGAUGUUGCUCUUCGCUCUUCACACGAUGGAAAAAAACUAUACGUAUGCACGGGUAACACUAUGGACGGAGAGCCACACCUCAGAACGUGGUGGGACGAAGCAGUUGUCGAGGAGUUGGCCGAGUUAAAGGAUGAUCUUGCGGACUUAGACACCCAGCUAAUCUACAUUAAACAGGAAGGUCAACGUAUCGACCAACUUGCAAGCGAGAUUGAACGGCUAAAAGAAUCAGCCAGGAAACGUGAAGCCAAAUCUGCCUUUCACUUCAAGCUGGCUGUGGCGUGUGGUCUCCUCGAAAGUCUCAUGGCUCUUACGGCCUCCCUGAGGUAG